AUGGCGGCGGCUGCUGCCUGCGGCCAGCACAGCGCUGCGCUAGCGGCCGGCGUUAGCGGCAAAAAGACGCAUAGUAACAGGGAACACAGUCGGAGGAACCGGGAGAACUCUCGCCGGAGACAAGCUGCUCUUCGGUUUCUGAGUAACAUCUCCCUGGACGGACGGCCAGUCCACAGUAAUUCAGCCGAGAAUGUAGGAAGUCGCCACCACAAAGACACCGACCUGGAGGGAGCCGACUCCGGCUCUGCGGCGGCGGCAGCGGCCGGGUUGUGCCCGGAGCUCCGUACCGACAGCUACGGGACAUUCUCACCUUUGGCAGCAUCCGCGAGCUACGGGAACGUCAGUCCCUCCAUGGCACCGCGGCCAGGACUCCUCUCCAUACCGCCUAUCCUCAUCCUGCCGUCGGACAGCGGGUUCAACGAUGUGGGCAGCGCGGAGGUGCUGGUGGAGUGCCGCAGAGGCUCGUUCCCAUCGCCGGGGAACCUGCUCUCCCCGUCCCCGUCAAACAACAGCCUGCUACCGUCGCCACUGGGACCGCGGAAGUCCUCCACACUGCUGUCAGUACAGAGCUGCAACUCGGUGUCCUCAGAGCCGCGACAAAGAUGUUAUAGCAACGUAACCACUAAUGUGUGCGUUUGUUUGUGUUUCAGGAUCGUGCUGAUCUGUGCUAAGAGAUCUCUGUGUGCUGCCUUCUCCGUUCUGCCCUACGGAGAAAGCUUCUACCUCAGUGACCCCACAUUAAACCACCCCAGGAGGAGGCACUCAUCUGGUAACAUCUCCACCACCCUGGAGAUGCUGCCGGGGCUGGAGGGCUUUCAGCUGGACACCUAUGGCAGGUCUGUGUCGUACGCCCAGUUCCUGUACCCCACUAACGCCCUGGUGAGGCAGAAGCCGUCGUCCACCAGCGACCUGACGCUGCAGAUUCCCGUGUCCAGGAGCACACACAGCAUGCAGGGCAGGAGCUGCCCGUCCAGCAGACUGAACAGCACUGUGGGACUGGACCUGGGUGUGGAAGAUGUGACAGACUACGACCCUAACCUCCUCAAUGACCCCCAGUGGCCUUGUGGGAAACACAAACGGGUGCUGAUCUUCGCCUCCUACAUGACGACAGUAAUAGAAUACGUCAAACCGUCCGAUCUGAAGAAAGACAUGAACGAGACGUUUAAGGAGAAGUUUCCUCACAUUAAACUCACUCUCAGCAAGAUACGCAGUCUGAAGAGAGAGAUGAGAAUAGUUGGGGAGGAUUGCGGCAUGCAGCCCGUCACCAUCGCGAUGGCGUUCGUCUACUUUGAGAAGUUGGUGCUGCAGGGUCGACUCAAUAAACAGAACAGGAAGUUGGUGUCAGCUGCCUGCAUCCUACUGGCUGCUAAGAUCAGCAGUGACCUCAAGAAACAGGAGGUCAAACACCUCAUCGAUAAGCUGGAGGAGCGUUUCAGGAUCAGCAGGAGGGAGCUGAUAUCGUUUGAGUUCACCAUCCUGGUUGCCCUGGAGAUGGCGCUCUACCUCCCUGAGAGCAAAGUCAUGCCCCAUUACAGGCGGCUGGUGCAGCAGCAGCAGUUAUAGCAGCGAUCACACCUCCCUCCCU